UUGCACAAAACACUGUUAGUAUUAUUUUCCUUUCCGUUAACCACUACACUACCCAGAGCGAUGAAGCACGAAAAGCGCGACUAAGAUAUUAGAUAUGGCGUCUCUGCAAGUCGUUGCAAUUGGCGAUGAAUUAAGGUGACGUGUUUCCGCGGAAACGAAGCGCGUUUGCACUGAGCCAUGGAGGAGAAGCGCGUUUUCCCGCCGUCCAACGCCGCCGAUUCGCCGGCACCGGAACCGGCUUCCUCGAGGCGCCGCGCCGCAACUCAGAAGCGGAAAGCCAACGCUCUCAGCGCCUCGAAUUCUUCGUCCACACCUUCCAAACGCAUUUCUCGUGACAAGGCUUUGCCUCCGCACACUCCUCCUUUCCACAACGGUCCCUUGACUAGGGCUCGUCAAAUCCCUGCCGCCACCGCGUCCGGUGGCGCUCCCGCUUCUGCCCCCGCCGCUGCGAAACAAUCCGACCGCGCGCUGGAUUCCGCGGCACUGACCGAGCAACUCAAGAAGCAGAGCGAGUGGGAGGCUCUUGUGGCUGCGGCUGAAGCUCAAUUUGAAGCUGUUAGAUCUCGUGAUUCCAAUGCUCACGUGGUUCCCACUCAUUGCGGUUGGUUUUCAUGGACUAAUAUCCAUCCAGUUGAGAAGCAUUCAUUGCCUUCUUUCUUUAAUGGCAAAACUGUAAAUCGGACUCCUGAUAAAUACAUGGAGAUAAGGAAUUAUAUUAUGAAGAGGUUUCAUGCAAAUCCGAAUGUAUUGAUUGAAUUGAAAGACUUGUCAGAGCUUAAUGCUGGAGACUUGGAUGCCAGGCAAGAGGUAAUGGAGUUUCUGGAUUACUGGGGUUUAAUUAAUUUCCACCCAUUCCCUUCUAUGGGUUCUGCUGCGGCCAGCACUAAUGAUGAUGGAGUAGCAGAAAAGAAUUCCUUGCUGGAUAAAUUGUAUCACUUUGAAAGUCAGCCAUUCCCACCUAUUGUUCAGAACACUGGCCUAAUGACUCCCGCAAUGACCUCUGGCUUGUUACCAGACACCACAGUUGUUGGAGAGUUAGUGAAACAGGAGGGACCAGCAGUUGAGUACCACUGCAACUCUUGUUCUGGUGACUGUUCUCGCAAACGAUACCAUUGCCAGAAACAGGCAGACUUUGAUCUAUGUACCAAUUGCUUCAGUAAUAGAAAAUUUGGCUCUAGCAUGUCCUCUUUGGAUUUUAUACUCAUGGAGCCAGCAGAAGUUCCAGGGAUUAGUGGUGGAAAGUGGACUGAUCAGGAGACCCUCUUGCUCCUUGAAGCCCUAGAACUUUAUAAAGAAAACUGGAAUGAAAUUGCAGAACACGUUGCAACAAAAUCAAAAGCUCAAUGCAUAUUACACUUUGUUCAAAUGCCAAUUGAGGAUGCCUUUGUUGAUUGUGGUGAUGAUGUUGAUGCAAGUUUCAAAGAAAAUAUAGAUCCAGCUACUUCUAACAAUGAUUCAUCUGUCCACAAAGAUGCUUUACAAUUUUAUGAGAAUAAGAUUAGUGAUAGCAUUGAAGACCAAGUGCCAACUCUACAAAAUGACUCUGCUAAUGCCGAUAAUGUGAAUAAAAUGAAAGUUAAUCAUGAGACUACUCCAAAGCCAGGCAAUGUUAAUGAUGUGAAAACUUGUGAACAAACUUCUAAAUCAGAAGAUGAUGCUAAAUUAAAAUUUGGUCAGGAAGCAGGCAGUGACUCUGCUCUAAAUGCUCUUGAGGAAGCAUUUACAUCUAUCGGUUAUUCUCCUGGCCCCAAAGGACCAUCAUCAUUUUCUGAAGUGGGUAAUCCUGUCAUGGCACUGUCUCCCAUUUUUUCCGCCAUAUGCAAUCACUCUAGUGGAUUAGCAUCACAUUUCUUUCUACAGACAGUUUUCCUUGCACGCUUGGUGGGUUCUGAUAUGGCUGUAGCUUCAGCUCAUAGCUCCUUAAAGUCCAUGUCUGUUAAUUCUCCUGGCACUGUGCUUUCUGCAAGGCAUUGCUUUCUUCUGGAAAAUCCACUCGAUGAUAAGGAACCAACUAUAUCUGAGAGGGAUUCUAUGAGAGAGGGAAACGAGGAUGACAGAAAACCGGAAAAAUUAAUGUUAGAUGAUAAUGCUUUAUCAAAUGAUCACAAUGACAAGAAACAUAAAGAUAAUGCUUUAGAAGUUAACCGACAGUUGGGUUCUCAAGAUGAUGGUGUAUUGGAUAAAUCAAUUGUUUUAAAGGAGCAAGCAAUGAUUGAUCAUGAGGAGGUUGCACAUAAUAAUUGUAAGGAUCCUGGCAAUUUAAAGUUUCCCAGUGAUUUAGCAUCAAGUAAUGGGCAUGAUUCAAAUGGUUCUACACUCAAGGAUAAAGUUUCACCCAGUUCCAAUUUAAGAGAGGGAACUUCACUCACAGAGAGUUGCCAGCCAAUGGAAGAACUAAAGGAUGGACACGUGUCUAAUGCUCCUCCUGCAGAAAAUAAACUUCAACAGUCAAUUAAAUCCAAUCUAUCUGAAACGCAUCUACAGCCUGUAGAGACACCAAAAGAUGUUGACGCUGUGUCUGAUUUUAUGCCCUCAGAUAAGAGCAAGUCUAAAAAACUGCUAUGUACCAAUCCAGUUGUCGAGUCUCUUGAUCCAACAAUUUCAGAAAAGGAUGUUGAUUUGAUUUCUAAUUCCUUGCCACUGGAGAAGAACGGAUCUCAGUCACAAGUUACAUCAAUUUCAUCCCAACACACUGUGGCAGAAAAGGAUGUAGAUAUGAUGUCUUCUUCUAUGCCUUUGGAUAAGAAUGAACUUCCACAUCGAGUUAAAUCAAAUUCUGGGGCUGAAAAUGGUUAUAGCUCAGUAGCAGGUGGAGAUCGCACUGAAAAUGGCACAAAAGUGAAAGAUGAUGGUAAGAAGGAAAAACAUGAUAACAGUUUUGAGAAAUUAAAAAAGGCUGCAGUUUCUACACUUGCUGCGGCAGUUGUAAAGGCAAAAAUUCUAGCUGAACAGGAAGAAGAUCAAAUUAGACAACUUGCUUCUUUGUUGAUAGAAAAGCAGUUGCAUAAAUUGGAGACCAAGUUGGCUUUUUUCCAUGAUAUGGAGAAUGUUGUGAUGAGGGUAAGAGAGUAUUUGGUCCAGUCAAGGCAGAAGCUUUACCAUGAGCGGGCUUUGAUAAUUGCAUCCCGGCUUGGUUUACCUGCUUCCUCAUCUAAAGGUGUACCGCCGAACUUACCAAUCAAUAGAAGUGCUAUGAAUUUGGCAAAUUCAGUCCCAAAACCUCAAAUCAUCAUGAAUCCCCAAAGGCCACCAAUUUCAGGGCCUGUGGGCACUAUAGCUGCUAUUCCAAACCAUUUAGCAUCUGCAGCAACUGUGGGAAAUUCAGCUCAGCCAUCCAGCCAGGAAAGCCUUUCUUCUGUUGGGAUAAAGUAAAGAGUAUGUAUAUAUUUAUAUAAGGUUCACGGAUUCUUACUUAAUGAUAGCCUGCCAUCCCCUUGACAACUCUCGAGUUGACAACAAGGGGCAUUCAGUUACCUGAAUCAUGCAUUGUGAGGUCAUGUUUAUCCCAAUACAAGGAGGAGCUGCAGAUGGGGAAAUGAAAUAUACAUAUAUUAGACUUCGGAGUUGUAGAGCUAUUCGAUUUCUUAAAUUUUGAGGUGUUUAGCUUGAGCAAGCGGAUAGUUACGCAAUAUUUGCGCCUACAAUCCUGUACUUCAAUGCUAUUCACUGCUACAUUCUUGCAAGGUGUAUACUGACGUUGGAAUGAAUUUAUAAAGAAUAUAGCUGUCUGGCGAUGCUCGAGAUAACUUUCUAUUGGA